UCCUUUGGGAGUUCGAGCCCAGUCUGUUUUUUGAUAGUUGGCUCUUUAUCGUCUGAGGAUCAUGACUUUGACCCAUCUGCUGAAAUGCUGGUACAUGAUUAUGAUGAUGAGCGAACUCUUGAAGAAGAAGAAAUGAUGGAAGAAAGCAAAAAUUUCAACUCUGAAAUUGAAGAUUUAGAAAAGGAGGGAAACAUGCCGUUGGAAGAUUUACUGGCAUUCUAUGGCUAUGAACCCACGAUUCCAGUUAUGGCAGGUUCCAGUGCAGAUAGCUCUCCAAGUGAACUUGCAGAUGAACUUCCAGAUAUGACUCUAGAUAAAGAGGAAAUCGCUAAAGACCUGUUGUCGGGUGAUGAUGAAGAAACACAGUCCUCUGCUGAUGACUUGACACCAUCGGUUACUUCACAUGAGGCUACAGACUUCUUUCCUCGGCCAUUAAGAUCGAACACUACGUGUGAUGGAGAUAAAGAAUCAGAUGGUGAAGAUAUAGAGGCAGACAAUGGUAAUUCAUCUGAAGAUUUGAGAAAGGAAAUAAUGGUUGGUUCACAGUACCAGGCUGAAAUUCCAUCUUACCUUGGCAGAUACAGUGAUGAUGAAAAGGCCUACGAAAAUGAAGACCAUUUACUUUGGAAACCUGAUGUGAUCUCAGAAAGUAAAGUUAAAGAAUACCUUUUUGAAACCUCCUUAAGAACAGGAAAUGAAAAAAUGAUUGGCAGAAUUCCUGAAGGACUACAUACACGGGACAAUGAACAAGCACUGUAUGAACUUCUUAAAAGUAGCCAUAAUGUUAAAGAAGCAAUUGAGAGAUACUGCUCAAAUGGAAAGGCAUCUCAGGAAGAGAUGACAGCGUGGACAGAAGAAGAAUGCAGAAGCUUUGAACAUGCACUUCUGAUUUAUGGAAAAGACUUUCAUCUCAUACAGAAAAACAAGGUAAGAACCAGAACAGUUGCUGAAUGUGUGGCUUUCUAUUACAUGUGGAAAAAGUCAGAACGCUAUGAUUACUUUGCUCAGCAAACAAGAUUUGGAAAGAAGAGAUACAACCAUCAUCCAGGAGUUACGGACUACAUGGAUCGUUUGGUAGACGAAGCAGAAGCCCUUGGUGGAGCAGUGCAUUCUUCAUCCUUAACAUCUAACAGUCGAACAGAAACCAUGCCUGAUCAACAGCUAAGCAUUCUGAACUCUAUCACUGCCAAUGAGUUGACAGCAUUGACUAAUAGCGUAGCUACAGUCUGCCACACUUCAGAUGUGAACUGCCUGGAUGACGCCUUUCCUCCUAUGGACAGCUUACCCCGAGCACCAGUUAAUCAUGUGCCUGUUGGAACGGAAGAAUUGCUCAACUUGCCUAGCAACGGUGAAAGUGAUUGUUUUAAUUUAUUUGAGACUGGCUUUUAUCAUUCAGAGCUAAACCCAAUGAACAUGUGCAGUGAGGAGACAGAACGACCUGCGAAGAGAUUGAAAAUGGGAAUUGCUGUCCCAGAAUCUUUCAUGAAUGAUGUCUCUGUAAAUAACCUUGGUGUGGACUUCGAGAACCACACGCACCAUAUUACCAGUGCCAAAAUGGCUGUUUCAGUGGCUGACUUCAGCAGUCUAUCUGCAAAUGAGACAAAUGGUUUUAUCAGUACCCACACUCUUCACCAACAUGCUGCCCUUCACUCAGAAUGACUGUGGAAAACUAAACAAACAGUGGGUACUUUAUGCAGUAGUAGUAAACUUGAUGGGAGCUAUCAGGUUUGCUUAGUCUUUCACUGGAAGUUUGAACUUUAUGACAUCAGUGAUGUCUUUGUAUGUAUAGAACUAUAUCUUGAUUUAUCAAGAGUAAUUUCUUUUUUCAGUCCAUAAAUGUGGAAAUGUCAUAGGAUAUUUGGCAGAGUUUGGGACUAAGAGAACUCUGUGGUGCAGCUUUAAGCUCUGCUUCAAUUUUAUUUUUUUUUUUAAAGCCUGUAGACGGAGGCCACCAUUUCAAAACCAGCACAGAAGUUCUGAACAGAUUGGAGUGGCUUUUUAGUCUAAGUUACUUUUGCUGUAACGGAUGCAGUGGAAUAACAGUGUUUACAGGUACCAAUCCUGAUCCCUGCUCUAUGUAGCAUUUUUUUUUUUUUUUCUUAUAAAGGCAGGGAUGGGUUUCUUUAAUUUAAACUGCACAAACAUACAAGGAUGUUUUUUAAAUGGAACCUUCUCUCAUGUGAUACUAAACUAGAGCACUUCAGUUUACAAAACAGCAAGUUCAUCUUGGUGGAAGCUAGCACAAGGGACUUAACAUAAGUAAAGUGUGAAGACCUACACUUCGAUACUGUUGCAAAAUUAUAGGCCAUGGCUACCUUAGACAAAAGUAAUUAUGCUGCCGUAGGUGUCUGUGUACU